AAUAUAUAUAUAUAUAUAUAUAUACAUGUAUGUGAUCUACUUGUUGUCUUGUUAGCCCACCCUCUACCAUCUUUAUUCUCCUAUCUGCCCGUUUAUUUCCCAUCUUUUUGGGUGUUGAGUUUUUCAUUGAGUUAAAAGAUUAACAGAUGUGUUGCCGAGGUCAUUGGAGGCCUGCCGAAGAUGAAAAGCUACGAGAAUUGGUGGAACGUCAUGGCCCUCAUAAUUGGAAUGCUAUAGCUCAAAAGCUUCAAGGCAGAUCAGGAAAAAGCUGUAGGCUGAGAUGGUUUAACCAGUUAGAUCCGAGGAUUAACCGGAGCCCUUUCACGGAAGAGGAAGAAGAACGGUUGUUGAGUGCUCAUAGGAUCCAUGGGAAUAGGUGGGCUGUUAUCGCUAGGCUUUUUCCCGGUCGUACUGAUAACGCUGUUAAGAACCAUUGGCAUGUCAUUAUGGCACGUAGAUGCCGACAACGGUCGAGUCUCUAUGCCAAAACGUCACACACCACUCCCUCUAAACCUCUUCAUCACUCACAGAUGGGUGCUGGUCAUGGCUUUCUCCCACUUUUACAUAAAUACAAGCAAGGGUUCCCUCACAACACUUGUUCUCCUUUGAACCCAAACCAUUGUGUUACAACCACCCAAGAUAAAAAGGAGGCAAUUGAAUUCUAUGAUUUCCUUCAAGUAAAUACAGAUUCCAAUAAUAAAAGUGAAGUAACAGAGAACAGUAGGAGAGACGAUGAAGAGGUAAAUCAACAAGAAGCAAUGCCAUUAAUGGAACACCACACAAAGGCUAGGCCUUCCUUCUUCAAUUUCUUAUAGCUCUCUAAAACAGUCAUCACUUACAUCAAACUUACAUUGUAAGGGGAAAAAACCAAAUCUAACACCAACUUUUGAUAGAUAAUAUUGAUGCCAUUGCAUUCAUCAUUUGACAUAGCAUAUUUAAGACCAUUUAUGAAAAAACCCAAGGGUUUAUAUAGACAAAAAAAAAGAAGCAUGAUUAUG